CAAUGUCCUUACUGCGUCCCUCUGUCCCUGUGUCAGGCCGAGAACCUGCUGCUGGACGCCGACAUGAACAUCAAAAUCGCCGAUUUUGGGUUCAGCAACGAAUUCACUUUUGGGAACAAACUGGACACGUUUUGUGGUAGCCCACCUUAUGCUGCUCCAGAACUUUUUCAAGGGAAAAAAUAUGAUGGACCUGAAGUAGAUGUUUGGAGUUUAGGUGUUAUUCUUUAUACCCUGGUCAGCGGCUCCCUGCCCUUCGAUGGGCAGAACCUGAAGGAGCUGAGGGAGCGAGUGCUGCGUGGUAAAUACCGCAUCCCCUUUUACAUGUCCACCGACUGUGAGAACCUGCUGAAGAAGUUCCUCAUCCUCAACCCCACCAAGAGGGGAACCCUGGAGGUGAGGGGGGGGGGGGGAUCCCCACUGAGGUUUGGGGUGAAAUGGAAAGAUCUUAAGGGACCCCAUAUGUUGACUCCAGGGACCCCAUAAGGUUGACCCCAAAAGAUUGACCCCAAAUGUGAUCCCAGGGACCCCAUAAGGUUGACCCCAAAAGGUUGACCCCCAAAGGUUGACCCCAGGGACCCCAAAAGACUGACCCCAAAUGUGACUCCAGGGACCCCAUAAGAUUGACCCCAUAAGGUGACCCCAAAGGUUGACCCCAGGGACCCCAAAAGGUUGACCCCAAAUGUGACUCCAGGGACCCCAUAAGGUUGACCCCAAUAGGUGACCCCAGGGACCCCAAAAGCUUGACCCCAAAGGCUGACUCCAGGGACCCCAAAGGUGACGCUGGGGUCCCAAAAAGUGACCCCAGGGACCCUAAAGGUUGACCCCAAAGGGUGACACCAUGGAGCCCAUAAGGUGACCCCAGGGACCCUAAAUGUUGACCCCAUGGACUCCAAAGGUUGACCCCAUGGACCCAAAAGGUGUCUCCAGGGACCCCAUAAGGUUGACCCCAAAAGGUGACCCAAGGGACCCCAAAAGGUUGACCCAGAAGGUGACUCCAGGGACCCCAUAAGGUUCACCCCAAAUGUGACCCCAGGGACACCCAAAGGUUGACCCCAAGGACCUGAAAAGGUUGACCCCAUGGACCCCAAAGGUUGAACCCAAAAGGUGACCCCAGGGACCCCAAAGGUGAUUCCAGGGACCCCAAAAGGUUGACCCCAAAAGGUUGACCCCAAAUGUUGACCCCAGGGACCCCCAGUCAGUGACCCCAGGGACCCCAAAGGUUGACCUCAUGGACCCCAAAUGGUGACCCCAAAGGUUGACCCCAUGGACCCCAAAAGGCAACCCUAGGGACCCCAAAAGGUUGACCCCAAAAGGCUGAUCCCAGGGACCCCAAAUGGUGACCCCAGUUACCCCAAAAGUGACCCCAAAAGGUGACCCCAGGGACCCCAUAAGGUUGACCCCAAAAGAUGACCCCAAAGGUUGACCCCAUGGACCCCAAAAGGCAACCCUAGGGACACCAAAUGGUGACCCCAGUUACCCAAAAUUGACCCCAAAAGGUGACCCCAAAGGUUGAUCCCAAAGGUUGUCCCCAGAGACCCCAUAAGGUGACCCCAAAGGUUGACCCCAUGGACCCCAAAAGGCAACCCUAGGGACCCCAAAAGGUUGACCCCAUGGACCCCAAAUGGUGACCCCAGUUACCCCAAAAGGUAACCCCAAAAGGUGACCCAAGGGACCCCAUAAGGUUGACCCCAAAAGGUGACCCCAAAGGUUGACCCCAUGGACCCCAAAAGGCAACCCUAGGGACCCCAAAAGGUGACCCCAAAAGGUGACCCCAAAAG